GCGAGUUUCCAACAUGGCGUCCAGCCGGGUGUCGGAGAGGGAGGUCCAGGAGGAACUGAGACGCGCUGCCACUGCAACCCUCGACUACUGCCUCCACAAAUACUCCCUGCUCAUCAUUGUCGGACGGACAGCUCGCUUCAGACAGACGGACCACAUCAGCAGGGAGAUCGAACGAGGUAUUCGGUCCUGGGACGUGGACUCAAAAUCUUCUAACUUAAACCUCUAUCUCCAAGAAUUCCUCUCCCACCAUACUGUCUCUUUUAAGGGAGCAGGGCAGAAGUGUCUGCGCCACUGUACCAGAGUGUUGGACACUCAGGUACUCAUCAGCCCAUCUCAAGAACAGGCUCAUUCAGAGGUGUUUGCUCUGCUGUCCAGGGAAUCGGCUCAUAAGCUGUUGAUCUUAACUGGCCUGAGUGUGGAGGAAAGUGGAGAGCUUCUGUUUCACAGAGGACUGUUUUCACCACAUCAGCUGAAACAAAUACUAUCAGAGCAGUUCCAAGCUCAGGAGAGCUUUACCUCCACAAAAAUCAAUCUGACCCUCAGCUGUCCUAACGUCAGCCGGUGGAGGAAGACUCUUUUGGGAAAUCCACCCCUGCAGGGUCCCUUCACUCUACAUAUAAACCCCCCAGAGGUGCUGCCUGCCAUGGAGUCUCUGGGGGAAUUCACAUCCCUCAUUUCUGGCACCAUAUGCCCCACUUCCCCCUUUGACCUCUUGCCACCUCCUACCACUGUGGGUUUCCUCAAGCUGUCCCGUCCCUGCUGCUAUGUGUUCCCUGCCGGCCGUGGCGACUGUGCCUUCUUUGCCGUUAACGGCUUCACGGUGCUGGUGGAUGGGGGCUCGGACUCUCAGGCCUGUUUCUGGAAGCUGGUUCGUCACCUUGACCGUGUUGAUGCACUCCUGUUGACGCACGUCGGGACAGAAAACCUCCCAGGAGUCAUCUCCUUCCUGGAGAGGAAGGUGGCAGAGAAAGAGCUAAGUGCUGAUGUCAAAGAUGACUUGACUAAGAGGCUCAUCUCUCCAGAGCUUGGAGUUGUGUUCUUUAAUGCUCCCAGCAUGUUGCAGGUGGAACAACAGCCUUGUGUAGACAAGGAACUAAAGAGUACACAGCAAGCAGCAACAACCCUGCAGCUUUUAAAGAGGUUAGACAUCAGGCCACAGCCAAUGUUUCGACCACAAGGCGCCCAGAUCAAGCCACUAACCCUAUUUCAAAAGAUGGGAGUGGGACAGCUGGAUUUAUACAUUCUCAGCCCAGACAAAACCAGCCAAGAGUAUGAGACAUUUAUGCAAAACUGGCCUGAUGGAGUAUCGUCAGCAUCCAAAUCCCAAACUCUCCCUCUCACUGCCCUGGCCUCAGUUUCUGCUCUCCUUGUUUGGCAUCCAGCUUGCCCCCAAGAGAAGGUGGUUAGGGUGUUGUUUCCAGGCAUAACUCCACAAGCAAAGCUACUACAGGGGCUGGAGAAACUCAAAGGCCUGGAUUUCCUCCAGAAACCUACUGUUACUACUGGAGACCUCGAAAGGCUGGGGGAGGACAAAAAGACCAAGAGGACAGAGAGCCUGGAUAGCUGCAGAUCCCAGGGUAAGGAUGCAACACCCAAACAUGUGAAGGAGCGAGGAGUUCGGGAAGAGGGUAAGGAUGGACAGUCAAAAGAAAGAGGAAAGACGUUAAAUGGAGUUGGAGCAAGAGAUACUGAUAAAACCAAAGUUAAAGAGACAGGGAUAAAACAAAAAGCAGCAGCAUCAGAAAAGAAUUCUUCAAAGAAAGGAGCAGGGAAGGAUGGGAAAAAAGAGGAGAACAGCAGGAACAGUGAGAUAAAAAAGGAUGGCAUUCCCUCCAAACUAAAGAAUGAAAAUAAAACAAAGCUCAAAAAAGAAACAAAGAAUGAUUCUAAAACAGGAGAAAAGAAAACACGCAAGCCAUCAGGGAAGGAGGCAAAUGAUAGCAAGAAGUUACAAGUAAAUAUCAAUCUGCCAAACAGCCAAAAAUCAAACACUGCAGCUGGGUCAAAAAUCCUGGAGCCACAGUGUCUAGAUGCUGUGCAGCAGAAUCAAAAACCAGAGACAGAGCUUGAGGAAAACCCCUGUGGCUCCAAGAUAUCGACCCCAGAGGAUAUGACAGCUGAUUUUCUUCAGCUUCAGAAGGAAAAAGAAAUGGAGGAAACAGCUGAUAAAGACAAACAGAAAAGCACUGAGUCAGGAUGUGAAAAGAUCCUUGAAGGCUUGAGUGAAGAAACAUGCAACAAAACUGCUGAGAGAUCUGUGGAGGAAGCAACAGGUGAUUCGGGGGUAACGGAAGUAGAAUGUGGUGAUAAUGGAAUGCAGCAUAUGCCUGUAACUAGUGAGAAAGCAGGAGGAAACCCACAGAAAAACCUUCAAGAACAGCCUGUAAAUAUAAGCAAACCAGCAAAGGUUGCAGGGUUUCCUUUUCCCUUGGACAAAGCACCAAAGAACGAGUGGGAAAUCCAGCAAGACAUAACUCCAACUGAGUACACUCUUCUAGAUGGGGCUUUAAGAAACACCCCUCCCUCGCAGUCAUCUCCUGAGAACCAGGCCCCUAACAGCCCUGAAGAGGAGACUGUGGAGCCAGUGUCCCCUGACUCGCGACCAAACAGCGCAGGCCACACUCCUUAUUGUCUAUCUCCAGAUGAUGUAUGGUGCAACAGGGCCACUCUCAGCAGGCUGCAAGCACAGAUGAGUAAUCAGGAUUCAGCUGAUGCCCAUGAGUCUAAUGGUUCAUCCAGGCAAAGUGAGGGGCAGCUGAAAAGCUGUUCGGAAAACCACAAAAAAUCCAGAGAGAAACAUUUAAGUUUCCUCCCACUGGGUACAUUUAAAGAUGGCUCCUCAGACCCUUCUCCCUCUGUGACCACCACUACUACGACACACUCGAUGCCAGCAGAGGUGAGCUCGCCUCAGUCCACAGAAGUGGACGAGUCACUGUCCAUGUCCUUUGAGCAGGGUCCAACCAAUAUGAGCCAGAGAGAAGGAGAAGAUAGCGUUCAUCUCUCUCACUCUAAUGGUGGCCAUUUUGUGGGGAUACCUUUACCAGUGAAGAAGCCUCCUAGAUCUUUUGGUCAGAGUUCAGAGAUGGGGAAAUCUUUUACACCUAACACACUUCAUUUUGAAGCAUCAGCCCACGAUGUGGACCUGUGUUUGGUUUCUCCUUGUGAGUUCAAGCAUUUCAAACCUCCUGACUCCAGCUCAGGUGUCACUGAAGCCUCCAGAGGAGCCUUCGCUCCACAUCAUCAAGGCAAUAAUAACAACCCCAGAGACAUGUCACCUAGUGAAUCAAAUGCUCCCGCCUGCACAGAAGACUGCCCGUCCACCACAGCUGAUGGAGCCCUGGACUCAGAUGAGGAUGAGUCAUGUAGUGAAUCAUCCAACUCUCCACGUGACCUCAACACCAGUCAGGCUCUGCCCCCGGACCCUCUUCCAGCCCCUUUCAGAGACAGUCCUCCUCUUCCUCCUCACCCUGACACCUCCAUGCCAGUUCCUCAGUCAGAUUCUGAAGCUCACGGGAAAAGAGCAAAGGCCACCGGCAAGCGAAGCAAACAAAUGCUGGGGGUUGUUGAUGGCCCUAAAAAACCCAGCUCAGGGAAAAGCAGGACAGGGAGCCAAGGUGGAGUCACAAAGGGAACCGCCUCCUCUCCUCGUGCGCUUUCCUCCAGCACUCGCUUGACACCAGCAAAAUCUUCACCCAGUCCAGGCUCUAAGUCCACCUCUACUGAGGAAGUCAGUGUGUAUGUGGACCUGGCUUAUAUUCCCUCUGGAGCUUCGACUUCCACAGUCAGUGUGGACUUCUUCAGGUGUGUUCGCUCUUCCUGCUACAUUAUCAGCGGCAACAGUCCAGAACGGGAGCAGCUAAUGAGGCAAACUCUGGAAGCUCUACUGGAUGGGAAGAUAUCCUGGCCUGACACUAUGCAGGUGACAGUUAUCCCCACCUUUGAGUCAGUGUCAAUGCAGGAAUGGUACCAGGAGUCUCUGGACAGACAGCGGGAGCUGAACAUCACCGUCCUGGGUUCGAACAGCACGGUCGCCAUGCAGGAUGAAACCUUUCCUGCCUGCAAGAUUGAGUUCUGAGGCAGACUGACAGAUGCAUUAUGGAGAAUGGAGGCUUAAUGAUGGAAAUGUGUAUACUUAUAUAAGGUGGUAACAACACCCCCUGCUGGCAAAUCCUCUUUGGUUGGGCUUCUUUUAGCAGCUGGAAGUCACAAUUAUUUCUCCUUUUCUAGAAAGGAAUUCUCACAUCUCUUUAGGUGGUAUUGCAUGCCUUUUUUUUUUACCCAUGACCCUGUGCAAAACAGGAGAGGAGAUCAUACUGACUGCAAGAGAGGCGUGUCAGCCUGCAAACAUAGAGUCAUGUGAAAGUUAUUGCUGUAGAUUAUUCAAAUUUGAAGACACUACCUGUAGGCUUGCUCUGAUUGUGGUGUACUUGGGACAAAUUUGCUGCAUCUCAUCCAACAAUUAUUCAUUUACCUGAGAGAAAUUCAGUUUUUUUCUUUUUAUAAAAACUGAACCUACAUUGCAUCUUUAAGAAAUGCACAUUUAGGGUUUGUGGUCAGGUGUUUGUUGUGAGCACUGUAAGCAUAAAUGAGUCGAACUGUGCUGUGUGUUGUAGCUGCUUUCAAAGGUUUUGUGUCAGUGUGGCUUCUGUGUGAAGAUUCAAGAGGUGCAGACUCUGAGAAACACUUUAUGACCUCUUGUCAGCCACCAGCGAGUGAUAAUUGCUUAAUCUGAGGGAUUGGUUUAACAUAUUAUUAAAUUUAACAGCAUUACAUCAAUUGUGUUAUUAAGAACUGUCCUGCAAUUGUAAUCCUUUAAAAGUGCUCAUAUUCAUGCAAAUCAGGAACCAGGCUGUAAAUGCUUUUAUAGAAAUAGAUAAUCACUUGGCGUCUUUAAAAAAUUAAAAUGGGUUUAAAAUUGUGGAUAUGCAGUAAUCAUACAGUUUGCUUUUAAAAUGUUAUUAUGCAUCGUGUGAAGUCACAGUUCAGUCACAGUGGGUGGUGAUGGAAACUUUACUAUCUGUAAAUAAUUCUGAUUAUAUUUAUUUGACCAAAUAAUCCUGAAACUAGAAUGAAAGAAUGACCAGAAUUAAAUUGACAGCAGUACGUAUUUUUGCAGUUCAAGUUUUGCAGGUCAAUUAUUAUCCAAUCACCAGUAUUAUUAUUUUUAUGUUAUUGAUUAUUAUUUUGUUAAUUACUCCUUGAAUAAACUAGGUAAAAUGGGUGCAAGGGUAGGGAAAAUACAGGCAACGUUCAACUGAUAGAUUUUCAAUUUAUUGUUAGCAUAACAAUAAACUGAAAGCCUAGAAUUGAAUUUACCACUUUUACCAAAAUUAUUCUUUAAAAUUACACAAACAUUUCUUUAACUUCCUAAACCUGCAAAAGUAUCCCAAAACACUUUAAAAGUAAUUUUAAGUUAGUGAUUUGGAAUCUUAAAUGGAUGAUAUUUACCCGCGUCCAGGCGUAAAAACCCCCAUUUUUGCAUUCAGGUCACAUGAAUGUGCAUGUGGAGUUUUCUUAAUACCAAAGCAUGACGAAUCAAAAAGAAGUCAAAAAUUUUGUAUUUUGUUUUUCUCCUGCACUUGAAUGCUGCCUCAAAACACAAAAAAACAUGGCAUUUUUAUUCAAUAUCUAAAAGAUCUUAAGUUUUUUUUCUUUUUUUGCUGACAUUAUAGAUACACUGUUAAAAAUCCUCCUAUCUUUGUAUUAACCUCAAGUAAUUUUUAUUUAUGCACUCAUCUUCCUUUUUCUCUCUUAUUCUCAAAAAAUGUUUCAGACAAUAUUACAAAUGUAAUAUUUCACUUCUUCCCUUUGUUAACAAAGGAUACCAUUUUGAUUGAUUUAUUGGGACUGAAGGGUUAUCAUGGGUAACAACUUCUUGAAGCCAAAAGUAACCAGGGAAUUGUACCUUCAUGUGUAUGUGUUUCGCAUGUAAAUGAAAAAAAUGUCCUGUAUGUUGUUUCAUUCAUGAUAUUCAUGAAGAAAGAGAGCAAAGCAAUGUAGUAGAGUGGAGACAGAGUUGUAGGGGUGAACAGGUGACUUUUGAAAAACUUUCACUUUGUAGACCAUGUCAAAAUGUGACGGUUGUGGGGCUGGGAGUACUGUAUGAAUAAAGAAUGUUUAUCAUC